AUGGCCACCACUCCGCUCGUCUUUGUCGUUGGCGGCACCGGUGCCCAGGGCAUCCCGGUCAUUCGCGGGCUCGUGCACGACGGUGCAUACCGGGUGCGGUUCCUGACGCGCGACCGCCAGUCGGCGCGGGCGCAGCAGGUCCUCGCGCUGGACCACACGGAGGCGAUCGAGGGCACGUUUGCGAGCGAGGCUGAUCUGCGGGCCGGCUUCCGCGGCGCCGACUAUGCCUUUGUCAACCUGGACGGCUUCAACAGCGGCGAGCAGGCGGAGAUGUUCUGGGCCAUGCGCAGCUACGAGCUCGCUCUCGAGGAGGGCAUCCGCUUUUUCGUCUACGGCAACCUCGACUUUGUCUACCGGCAGAGCGGCUACGAUGCGCAGUUCCGGUGCGGCCACUACGACGGAAAGGGGCGCGUGGGCGAGUGGAUAUUGAGGCAGAACAGAGAAAGAAAGCAAAUGGGUGUCGCCCUCUUCACGACCGGUCCCUAUCUCGACAUGGCCAUUGCCAGCGGCACGCCCAUGAGCCCGACGCUCGAGCAGGACGUGCUCACGUGGCGCGUGCCUCUCGGCCAAGGCGCCGUCGCCCACGUCGACCUCGACGACUGUGGCCACUACGUGCGCUGGCUGCUGGACCACCGCGACCGCGCCGACGGGCUCGACCUCGCCGUGGCCAUCGCGCUGAUCCCGUACGACGAGCUCGCGCGGGCGUUUGAGCGCGUCACCGGCCAUGCCGCUCGCUACGUCGACACCAGCCUCGACCACUACUGGACGGCCGAGGGGCCUCUCGGGACCGGCGCCGGGCCUGCCGGCUACAACGCCCGCCCCGACGAUCCGGCCUCGAUGACGGUGCGGCAGAACUUCUCCGGCUUCUGGAACAUGUGGAAGGCUUCAUCCCUCGACAACAACGGGCUCGUCCGGCGUGACUUUGACCUCCUCGACGAGAUCCAUCCCGGACGCACGCGCUCGGCCGAGGAUUGGCUUCGCAAGCAGGAGGCCAAGGGUCUUCGCGACGGACUCGGCUGCCUCUGGGAACGCGUCCAUCACCUCCGGCCGGUCCUCAAGGUGGUCGAAGACGGCCGGAAGGGAAGGCUGUAA